GAAACACUGGCAAACUUGGAGAGACAGAUCUAUGCUUUCGAAGGAAGCUACCUGGAAGACACUCAGAUGUAUGGCAAUAUUAUUCGUGGCUGGGACCGGUAUCUGACGAACCAAAAAAACUCCAACAGCAAGAAUGACCGCAGGAACCGGAAGUUUAAGGAAGCUGAGCGGCUCUUCAGUAAAUCCUCAGUUACGUCAGCAGCUGCAGUAAGUGCACUGGCAGGCGUUCAGGACCAGCUCAUUGAAAAGAGGGAACCAGGAAGUGGGACAGAGAGUGACACUUCCCCAGACUUCCACAGUCAGGAAAAUGAACCCAGCCAGGAGGACGCCGAGGAUCUGGAUGGAUCUGUGCAGGGAGUGAAACCGCAGAAGGCUGCUUCUUCUACUUCCUCAGGGAGUCAUCACAGCAGCCAUAAAAAGCGGAAGAAUAAAAACCGGCACAGCCCGUCUGGCAUGUUUGAUUAUGACUUUGAGAUCGAUCUGAAGUUAAACAAAAAGCCACGAGCUGACUAUUAGAAGAUACCUUAGAGCAGAAGCUUCCAGGCUGUGGAGCCCUGCUGCCCUUCUCCGACCUCACAGAGACACACCCCUCACCUGAGUGCGUGACCACCCCCGCUCUCCCAGACCCGGUGCCUGUGCCUAAGUAGUUUGUUCCACGGUGGUGACACGUCCUUGCCGUAAGACAUCGGGUCCUUUACUUUGUGUCCUCGUUAGUACUGGAAUUGCAGGAAGCCCGAGACACGGUUAGAGCCCUGGCGUGUUUCUAACUGCGUUCCUCCUUCUGAGAAUGAGUGUCUCCCCCACCUGGCUGGCCCCAGCUUCAUCUGUGACACCCAUCGAGAAAUGCUCUCCGCUUUUGUUUUAUGCCGAAAGUACAACACAAGUCUCGUUUCAGAUGGGGGCUGGAGAUCUCUGGCAUUUUCUUAUUUGGUUUUGUGUUUCGUUUUGUUUUUAAAUGUUGUUUUUACCAUCUUGUUUUCUUUUGAAACUUUUUGUAAUGCUUUUGUACAGCGCAUACCUUCCCGCUGACCUAUCUGAUCAUCUGUUCCAUGCAGUUGCCAAUAUUCUUAACUGAGAAGGAUCUGCUUUACCGUAAUGGGAAACUUGGCUCUUUGUUUUCUUUCAGGGGAAAGGUGAAGAGUAUUUAUUUAAUAAUUACCUUCCCUAUCUUGAAUCUUUCUGUGUUAGAAGCAGUUUCAUGUUCGAGGAGCAAGAAAAGCUAAAACAUAAGUUUAAAUCAGUCUUUUUAAAAAUAGAUAUUUUUAUUCUUUUGUAUAAAUAAAAUCUCCCAGGUUUUGACUUCUCAUGCUUUACUCUUAAACUUGAGAUUAUUUUUUUUUCACUUAUUUAUUCAUAUCAUGCCUUAUGGAAAUUUCUUUUUUUACCUCGUCUCUCUUUGCUCGUAUUUUCCUGAUUAAAUAUUGCUCUGAAAAUCACCAAAGCAUACGAAAAGGCUCAAAAUUACACUAAAAAUUGAUAAUGUAUGGCAUUCUGAGCCAAGUGCAGGGCUCUAUGGGCAAGGGGUUGCUGGGGAGCAGCCCCCGCCACUGGUGCGCAUGGCCACCUGAGAAGCUUCUGUGUACCAGAUGCCAAGUGCCCGCCCGCAGAGGCUCCGAGCGGUCUGAGCAGAGACACUGUUUGACUCAGAUCCUCUGCCAUGGGUCAGUCCAGGGUAAGACGGGGGACCUCACCUUCCUUUGACUGUACCUUGUUGUAGUUCUGACUUGAGUCCACGUCUUUAUAAGAAAAAUAACGUUUCAUUUGUGAGAAUACCGGUAGGGCUGAAUAUUGAUGGCGUCUGUUCUAAAAACCAGUCUACCUUGUCAGGUGUGCAAAAGCUUUCACUCUUGUUCUCAAAAUGUUUUUUUGUUUUUGUUUUUGUUUUUUGACUAUUUAGAUGUCUUUGGUAACAGAGCUCCAAUGUCAGUGUUUUUAAGGAAAUAGUUUCUUAUAUUUCGAUUGUUCCUGAAAAAGAAAUAAGAAAAAACAAAA